UCAAAUCAAGCUGAAAUGGAAGUGUAUAAAUAUCUUGCAAAAAUUCACUUAAGACUUAACUCAGUGACUAUCUACUAUAGUAGGAUGAAGCCAGCCUUCCUGGUCCUUCUGUUUGUCACCAGCGUGUUGGCGACCUACGCCCCUCGACGCCCUAACUACCGCCCUUUGGGCAAACAGAAACCCGGCAGGUGCCCGGUGUCCAAUAUAAUCACUACCUGUGACUGUAGACCCGAGAACAUCAAGUGUAGAGGCGACCAAGACUGCCCCGGGGUUCAGAAAUGCUGUUCGUUUGGCUGUGGGUGUAGAACAAGAUGCGUCAAUCCUGCAGGGAGCCCUCCUCGUAAAGUGUGCAGAUAUAACGGGAAAAUCUACAAAGUCGGUCAGAGCUUCCCCGCGGUAGAUGGCUGUAACACGUGUAGCUGCUCAUCCAAUGGGCGUGUCCGAUGUACACUCAGAGCAUGCGUCAAAGUGUGUAGGUACCACGGCAAGGUGUACAAAGUGGGUCAAAGGUUUACCUAUGGCUACAGGUCGUGCAGGUGUUACUCCAGGGGAAAGGUCAUCUGCACUAAACGAGGACGCCCGACCAAAAAAUUCUAUAAUCCAAGAAAAGUCUGUUACCAGCCUAAGGUCCCCGGCCCCUGUAGGGGAUCGAUCCCAAGAUGGUGGUACAACAAACGGACGGGCCGCUGUCAGAAGUUUAUUUACGGGGGGUGCAAGGGAAACAGCAAUAACUUCACAUCGAAGCUGGUCUGUCUCCGUAGAUGUGGAAGGACAACCAGAAGAAAGACUUGUAGGUACAGGGGCAAGGUCUACAAACUGGGACAGAAGUUCCGGUCGGCUGACGGAUGUAACACGUGUCGGUGCAGAACAGGGGGUAGAGUCACGUGUACAAGGAAAAGAUGCAUCAAAACGUGCAAGUACAACGGAAAGACGUAUAAAGUGGGACAGAGCUUCCCCGCCAGGGACGGAUGUAACAGGUGCCGGUGUAGGACGGGAGGCCGGGUCACGUGCUCCAGAAAGAAGUGUGUGAAAUAUCCCGCUAAAGGGAGAAAACUCUGCUACCAGCCAAAGGUUGUCGGUCCUUGCAAAGCCCGCGUGCCGAGAUGGUGGUACAGCAAGAUAUCUAACUGUUGUGUCAAGUUCUACUACGGAGGAUGCAGAGGAAACGGAAACAACUUCAAGACCAGGUCAGCCUGUCUCAGGAGGUGUCGACGAGGAAGAAAAUAUUACGGAUGAAGUAGAGUGUGACUAUUGAUGAGUUUCAUUUUAUUUAAAAUGAUUAGUUUUUCAAUAAAUCAUUUACAUUUGGA